AGUUAGGCUACCUGUUGGCCGAGUGAGUGAGUCGUUGAUGAAGCCGAAUGAUUGUUUAUUUUGUCAUAUGUUAAUUGUCAAAGAUCACAGUCUGUGAGUCUGUUUGUGUCCACUAUCAGCCUUUGUUUGAAAGAAAAAGUGUGUUUAAAAAUGAUGAAAAUGUGACUAUUUUUAAAACAAAACGAUCUGCGCGUUUGUGUAUUCUUGAGCGACAUCGGCAAUGGUGCCAAAACACGUCCCAGCCAUCAGUGAGUUGGACUUGGACAUGUUCAAAAAGCAUUAGUUAAUUAUGGGCAUAGAUAAAGACAAGUAUGGAUCGGUGGGAAACUGAUUGUUAAGUUGCUGUUCUAGCAGUCGCUGGCCUCGAAGGAUCCUUCAUCUGGUUGAGCUGCAGGUAAACUUUCAUAAUGACCUGGCCGGAAAAGUUUCGGAAUUUCUUCAAGUCAAGCAGCAGCAGCAAUGCAGAGCCAGCUUUCGAUGAGACUCUGGAAACAGCCGAACAAUACCAGCAGCGCUGGCGCUCAAUAUACGUAGUUUAUUUCACUAUGUUCAUAAUGUCGCUGGGAUUCAGCAUUAUAGUGACUGGCGUCUGGCCCUACUUAGACAAGCUGGAUCCGACAGCCGGCAAGGAAUUUAUGGGAUUUAUUGUGGCAGCCAAUCCAUUCGGACAGAUGAUCUUCUCGCCGCUAGUGGGCUGGUGGAGCAACAAGCUGGGCUCUAUCCGUGUCCCCUUGAUUGUGUCCUUGCUGGUCUUUACUGGAGCCAGCGCCAUUUACUCCUGCCUGGAGCUGUUUGGAGGCAACGUCAAGCACUGGAUGCUAUGGAGUCGAUUCUUAGUAGGCGUGAGCUCAGCCAAUGUUGCGGCUUGUCGCUCCUACCUUUCCGCCGCCACCAAAUACUCAGAACGCACCAAGGCGGUCUCCAUGAUCUCCCUAGCGCAGGUGCUGGGCUUUGUGGUUGGUCCGGCCAUCCAGGCGGCUGUGGUCCCAUUGGGAGACGAAGGGGUUUGGCUGAUUGUCGACAAACUGAGACUCAACAUGUACACUGCCACCGGAUGGAUCAAUGUGUUCCUCACUCUUGUCAACAUCUACCUGUUUUUUCCCAAUGUCUUCCGGGAGCACAAGAUAGCGGCCAAGGAAGCCAUGCUGAAGCAGGGCAAGAAUGACGAGAAAUCGACCUGGAAGGGAUCCAACCCAGACUACUUUGCCGCCUGGACCUUGAUCGUGGCCUUUUUCGUCAUGGUGUUCAAUUUCAUGCUCUUGGAGACGCUGGGCACGCCGCUGACUAUGGAUCAAUUGGGCUGGUCGAAAACGCAGUCGCUCUGGCACAUGGGGCUGAUCAUGUCCGUUUGCGCUUUAUGUUCCAUUUUCACCUUCCCGUCAAUCCCUAUUCUAUCCAGGAAGUUCUCGGAAGUGAAGCUGAUGAUCUGGAUCGGGUUUUUGCUGAUGGUUUUAGGCCGAAUUACUUGCAUCCCGUUCAGCGGUCCUCCGCCCAAGGUUUACGACGUGAACUUCCGCAUGAAUUUGUCGAUUUUCUGCGAUCAGCGCCUCAAAGGCCUCCACAUGGAGCAGCAGUUGGAAUUUAGUGCCUUGAAUGCCAGUCUGCAUCAGUACGAAAGAUUUCUCCCGUUGAACACUACCAACGAAUUACUGAUCCGGCACAUGACUUUGGACUGUGGAGACGAUCUUUUGGGCUGCCCCUCCAGCCAGGAAUGGUGCAACUACGUUCCCGCUAUCACUUACACGCAGUUCAUCUUCUGCUACGCCCUGACGGUGCUUGGCUAUCCCAUUGGGAUCACUCUCAUCCAGACGCUGUUCUCGAAAAUUCUGGGUUCUAGACCGCAGGGAGUUUGGAUGGGUUUUAUGACGGGAUCGGGGUGCCUGUCGCGAGUAAUGGGGCCCGUUUUUGUGACGUACGUCUAUCAGGAGUACGGAACUAUUUGGACCUUUGGGAUGACGUCGGUGAUGAUGGCAAUCAGUUUGGGGUGGUUGUGGUACUUUGAGGCAAGUCUUGAGCCAAAGGAACCGAAAGCCGCGUUAACCGACCAGGAGCUGCAGCCCCUCGACAUCAGCAAACCGAUAAAUCCUAGCUAGAAGUGGCAGGUUAUGCAGUUGCACCGAUUGCUUGCCGAGGUUAGUUCAAAUUAAUAUUUAUAGGUUGUGAAGCAGAAGUACUUAACUACUAAACCAUCUGCUCAAUACAGAGGAUGCGAAUUAACGUGAUAUUAUCAAAUAAUUAGGUUGACCACUGAGCAGAUUGAUUGUUAUCCAAUAUAUUUGAAUAACGACCCUGCUGUUCAGUUGCGGGCAUAUUUUUCUAUUAUAUUUACAUGUAUUUUAUAUACUGAUAUAUAUAACAUAUUUUUAAUGCAAUAUACUUUGCGGUUGUGUAUG